AUGUUGCGUGAGCAAUCACCACUUAUCCAGUGCCUUUUGGGCACUGGCUAUACAUGGCUUGUUACAGCAGCUGGCGCAUCCUUAGUGUUUGUAUUCCAUCAUCCCAAUCAAAAAUUACUCGAUUAUAGUCUUGGUUUUGGCGCUGGAGUAAUGACUGCAGCAUCAUUUUGGAGUUUACUUCAGCCAGCUUUUAGAAUUGCUUCUGAACAAACGAUUAUAAAUAGUCACUUGAAUUUUAUAUUAAUUACCAUUGGCUUUUUACUUGGUGCUUUAUUUGUUUAUUUGGCUGAUUUAUUAUUACCAUCGGUAACGUCAACACAAGUAUUUCAAUGUUUAUCAGAUAAAAAAACUGAUGAAUUACAACUAAAAAACCAUCAAGACAAAGUAUCAAAUUUUAAACUUAAUGCAGCUGUGCGUUCUCGUUUAAAACGUAAUCAAGAUUUUACAAAAAGAGCUAAUCUUCCUGUUGGUGAUAGUCCGAUUGAAGAGAUCAAAGAAAUUAAUAUUAAACAUGCCGAGCGAACAAGAUGGCAUCGAUUAUUGCUCCUGAUGAUUGCUGUUACAGUUCACAAUUUUCCCGAGGGCAUGGCUGUAGGUGUUGGUUUUGGAUCAAUUCCAUCAUCGAGUAAUGCAACAUUAGCUUUCAAUCAUGCAAGAAAUUUAGCAGUUGGCAUUGGUAUACAAAAUUUCCCCGAAGGAUUGGCGAUAAGUUUACCUUUGCGAUCAUUUGGUAUAGGAUCAUUUAGAGCAUUUUGGUAUGGCCAAUUAAGUGGUUUAGUUGAAGUUGUAGCUGGGGUCAUUGGUGUUUGUUUUGUGCAAUUAGCAAAUUGUCUGCUUCCAUUUGCACUUGCUUUUGCAGCUGGUGCGAUGCUUUUUGUUGUUUUUAAUGAAAUUAUUCCAGAGAUUAGUCCCCAAAAUCGAACAAUGUCGUCGUGGUAUGUGAUAGGUGGCUUUACAAUAAUGAUGAUAUUAGAUGUUGUAUUUGGUUGA